AUGAAUCUUUGGACUCUCUUCGUCACCGCAUCGAUUCCAGUGCUGGAAUCGUUCUUGAUUACUGCGCUUGGCUCAUAUCUUGCACUUGAUCGCGUCAACCUUCUGGGGCCAGAUAGCAGGAACCACUUGAACACUAUUUUGUUCUACGUUUGCACUCCAGCCCUGAUCGGUGCCAACCUUGCAGAGACAAUAACAUAUGAGAGCCUAGUUAAGUUGUGGUUCAUGCCGGUAAAUAUUUUUCUUACAUUCAUGGUUGGUUCAAUAUUUGGAUGGAUACUCAUGAAAUUAACCAGAACUCCUCCACAUUUGCGAGGUCUCGUCUUGGGUUGUUGCGCUGCGGGAAAUUUGGGAAACCUUCUCCUCAUUAUAAUUCCAGCAGUUUGUGAAGAAUCAGGGAGUCCAUUUGGAGAUGCUGAUACCUGUGAUACUACUGGAACUACUUAUGCUUCACUUUCAAUGGCGAUUGGAGCCAUUUAUUUGUGGACCUAUGUGUAUAAUAUAGUGCGCAUAUCUUCAAAGACGAGCAUCCAAGAUCCCACGCAGACCACCGAGAGUUCAUCAUCAACAUCCGGCCACAUAAGUUACAACGAGCCUCUGCUUUCUAUAGAGGACAAUGUGGAUCAAUCUGAACUCCCCAGUAAUGUAUCUCAAGGAGAGGUUAAGAUGACGCGUCUAGGCAAAAUAAAGGAAUGGAUGGUGAAGAUGAACAAAAAGCUCAAUUUGAAAACAGUAUUUUCCCCCUCAACUAUAGCAGUGAUUAUUGGGUUUGCAGUCGGAAUCAUCUCUCCAAUUCGUAACUUAUUGAUCGGAGACGACGCUCCUCUAGCGGUGAUCGAUGACGCUACUUCGUUGUUAGGAGACGCUGCUAUCCCGCUCCUUACUUUGAUAAUAGGAGGUAACCUUGUGAAAGGUUUAAGAGUGGGAGGGAUACAAAAAUCUAUCCUUAUUGGCAUCAUAAUUGUUAAGUAUGUUGCGGCACCUCUUACAGGAGUGUUGAUUGUUAAAGGAGCAGUAAAAUUUGGCUUUGUAAGCAACGAUCCAUUGUACCUGUUUGUUCUUCUGCUUCAGUUCGCUGUACCUCCUGCGAUGAACAUGGGAACCAUCACACAAUUGUUCAGACAAGGAGAGAGUGAGUGUUCAGUUAUCAUGCUCUGGACUUACAUUUUUGCUUCAGUAGCGCUUACGUUUUGGUGUGCCUUCUUCUUGUGGCUUGUGGAAUGAGUAGUGUCCAAACAGCAACGAAUUAUGCAUCAGUCACUUUGAAGCUAUUUCUUUA